AGACCGAAAGAGGCGCAUGCGCAGUGCUGCUCCUCAGGGGACGGCGCUUUGUCUUCUGUGCACUGGAAGGAGGUUGCGAGGUUGCGGGCGGCGCUGUCGUCGGGAUGUGGUACGAAAUCCUGCCCGGUUUGGCUGUCAUGUACGUGUGUUUGCUCGUCCCUGGUUUAUCCACCACAUACAUCCACAGAUACACAAAUGGAGGCAAGGAAAAGAGGAUUGUUCGGUACCCUUACAAUUGGCACCUGUUGGAAAGAGAUAGGCGUGUCUCUGGAACCAAUCGCUACUAUGAUUCUAAGGGCUUGGAGAAUAUUGACCCUUGAUACCAGUCUACUACUAAUAAACAUGGAUUUCACAGAAAGUGUUCUGCAUUUUAAUCACAAAGAAAUUCUAAUAGCAUAUUGCUUGAUGCUAUUGUAAAAAGUAAUAAAUGUAUCAGACUAGAUGGCCCAGGAGGCCUUCUGACUUGC